AUGUGCUGCAGUUGGGAAGUCCGUCCUUUGGCCUUCACUUCCAGUGCCAGGGGACAAAUGGACUGCAGGAGGACCUCUGACCUGCUCUGCGCGCCGUUCCCACGUGCAUUGCAAGGUUUGCUCCCUUAAGGGAGAGGAUCUAGGGGAGAAAGGGGGUGCUUCCCUCCUGCGCCCCCACCCCACCCCAUGCCUCUCCUUCUCUGCACCCUGCGGCUUUCCAGCACCCUCCACCCACCCAAGCUCCCUUUAUUAUUGAACUCGGUGCCAGCUGCUCACCCUGCUCAGAGCUGCAAAGGAGCCAUUUCCACUCCUCCAACGAGGAAGAGGAGUCCAUUACUGACCUCCCUUUCCGCCCGCCCCCACCAGCUUUAUGGAGCCUCUCUAGGAAUCGGAUUCUUUGGAUUUAACCAUUAUAGACCCACUUGCAAUUCCCUCCGCCCGCCCCCCCGCCGCCCCCAUCCCUGCAAGUGGUGCCUCCCGGGCCGAAUUUCAGGGCUUGUUUGCUGCAUUUGUAAGUAAGCGAAGAAAGAAUGCGCAUGGGUAUCUAAUGGGAGGGUGCAUAAGAACAUAGACUCCCCGGAGUCUAAAAUUCCCAAACUGCACCCCUGCAGUGAUUUAAAUAUUUUUUUAUUUUUUAAAAAAAGCAAAACGCAUGCAACUUUUUUUAAUAAAAAAAAUUGUAUUUAAAAAAAAAAACCAUUUAACAUAAUUAUUACAAAAUAUAAGCAAAAUAUUGCAAAUACAUACAUACAUACAUACAUACUGUAUAUAUUUCAAAUAAGCACAUAUAUAUUAAAAAAGAACUAAAGAGAAGAAAAGAAAAAAUAAAAAUAAAAGAAGAUAAGUUGAAAAAAAUUCUUCCAAGUUUAUUCUACAAAUAGCUCAACAUGAAAAUAAUAAUAAAAUUUCAUUGGUUGGCUUCCAUCGCUUACACUGCACUUCCUAUAUACACUUUAAGCAAGAUUGUAUCUGUUAUUCCGUAUUUUUCCCAUACAUUCUCACACAAAUAUUCUAAUCAAUAAGUUUUCUAAAUCUUUCAUAAAUCUAUUCUAAACAUGCAACUUUUUUUGACGGAGGGGGUUUGGUCUUUAUGUGAGGCUCCCAUGACACUGUCAGCUGCAUAGCAGCCAAACAGAUUUUUAAAAAAGAAAGAAAGAAAUACCGAAAACAUAGGAAAAAAUAAGAACCUCACAUUUUAUUGAUGGGUGUUGUUAAAAACUGUUUGCAAAUUAGUUACAUAUAAUAUUUCUUUUUUUAAAAAAGUUUUUUAUUUAAACUUUUCAAAUUUAUACAUUAGUUAUACAAUCAAUUUAACAUUUCAAAAUUUGACUUCCUUCCCCCUCUUUCUGCGGUUCCUUACAUUUAUUUUUUAAUUCAUUUAACUUGCUCAUUUAAUUAUCUAUUGUAAGUAUAUAUCUUCUGUAAAUAUUCAAUAAACCAUUUCCAUUCUUUCAUAAAAAGUUUGUUAUCUUUGAUACGGAAGGGGGGGGCAUGUCUUCUUCACCUCCUUCUUCGCUACAAUAUAUCCAUUUAUUUCCAAUUGUCAAUGUCAAAAGGGACUAAAACCUAUAAAAUUCAUAGAAAAUCAACAUGACAAUUUGCUCAAUUUCUCUAGGACUCCAUGACACAUCCCCUGUCCUCCAUAAUCCCUCAAGCAAGGUGUAAAGACCCUAAUCCUGUCAAAUCACUCUGCCAAGCCUUUCCUCCGGGCAAGGCCAGGUGGCAGACCAUGCAUACAUGGACCAUUGUCUUCUCAUCACCAGUACUCAGGAAGUGCUUAUCUGCGCAUAUCUCCAGCUCUGCAUAUUCCCCCCUCCCUCCUCCAUAUGUUAAUCUGUGUAUCCCAACCUCUUCUUAAUGUCAAAAUAAAAAAAUUCCUUCCAGUAGCACCUUAAAGACCAAGUAAGUUAGUUCUUGGUAUGAGCUUUCGUGUGCAUGCACACUUCUUCAGAUACACUGAAACAGAAGUUGCCAGAUCCUUCUAUAUAGUGAGAAGGUGGGGAGGGGUAUUACUCAGAAGGGUGGUGGGAAUGGGAGAUUGGCAGAUAGCUGAGAUGAGCCUGUUGACGACUCUUAACGACUGCAAUAGGUCUUACAGGAAAAGGCAAGGGGUGAGAAGGUGAAAAAUGGCUUAGUCAUGUAUAAUGAGAUAAGAAUCCAAUGUCUUUGUUCAGACCAGGUCUCUCCAUGGUUUUGAGUUUGGCAAUGAGUUGCAAUUCAGCAGCUUCUCUUUCCAGUCUAUUUCUGAAAUUCCUUUGUAGUAAAACAGCUACUUUGAGAUCUUGUAUAGAAUGUCCUGGCAGAUUGAAGUGUUCUCCUACUGGUUUCUCUGUUUUGUGAUUCUUGAUGUCAGAUUUAUGUCCGUUUAUUCUUUGGCGUAAGGUUUGGCCUGUUUGUCCAAUAUAGAGAGCUGAAGGACACUGUUGGCAUUUGAUGGCAUUUGAUCUCUUCUUAAUGUAUUCAUGAUGUAAUCUGUGUAACCCAACCUCUUCUUAAUGUAUUCAUGAUGUAAUCUGUGUAACCCAACCUCUUCUUAAUGUAUUCAUGAUGUAACUGGGAUGUAUUUUGCACUGUAUUCUGGGACAUGGAGGGAAAUUUCAAAAGUUCAUGUCACCCCUUUCUCGCUGUUCAAUCUCGCCUUGAACCUGUUGCGCAAUAAACUUGGAUCUUCUCCAGUUUGCUCCUGUCUCUGGCUGAGCUCAUUUUCUUCCGCAGGGACCCGCGGACCUAGUCCGACGAGCUGGGUGGCAAAGUAGCCCCGCACCCAGAUUUUACCGUAGCAUCUUGAUUUCUUAUUCUUCCAGUAAGUUUUGCCAUUUCUGCAUAUUUCAUAAGUUUUUGUAUCCAUUCUUUACUGGGAUGCAUAUAAUAUUUCUACAGCCGUUGCCAAGAAAAAGUAAAAUACAAUACAAUAAAAUGGAGAAUAGAGGGAAAUAUAUCUAGCUAUUUAAUAUGAUAUUUUGUCAGUGCAGUGGUAUCUCGGGUUACAGACGCUUCAGUUUACAGACGCUUCAGGUUACAGACUCGGCUAACUCAGAAAUAGUACCUCGGGUUAAGAACUUUGCUUCAGGAUAAGAACAGAAAUCGUGCUCGCGGCGGCAGCAGCGGGAGGCCCGAUUAGCUAAAGUGGUGCUUCAGGUUAAGAACAGUUUCUGGUUAAGAACGAACCUCUGGAACGAAUUAAGUUCUUAACCCGAGGUACCACUGUAUUAUUGUGAUAGUUUUCCUUUUAUUGAAUCUUGCUAGUUCCCCAAGAAGCCUGGGGCAGCAGGGCCCUCUCUGCCUGCCUGCCUCUCUCUCCCUCUUCACACACAAACAAUUUAUCUUCACAAGAACCUCAAAAUGGUGGUUAGACUUUAAGGUAAGGGCUGGCCCAAGCUAAUGCAGUCAGCAUCAUGGCUGAGUGGGAAUUUUUUAAGGGCAUCUCAAGUUCCUAAAUGCUGGGAAAUUACAAGGAUAUCCAAUGAAGCUGAAUGUUGGAAGAUUCAGGGGCAGAUAAAAGAAAAUAGUUCUUUAUGCAGCUCUUUGUCACACUAUGGAACUCCCUGCCACAGGGAUGGCUUUGAAAGAAGAUGAGACAAAUUCAGGGAGGAGAAUUAAUGGACUAUGCAGAAUUAGACAAAUUGACAGGAAGGAUUCGAAACCUGUGGGACCAAAGAUUCUUAGAGGACUGGAGUAAAUAUUUGAACUAUUUGAAAAGCAACUGUAAUAAACAGAUUACGCUAGUAGGACUGCAAUAUGUUUUGUAAGGAGGAUUAUGCAAAAUAUUGCAAGGAAGAUUAUGAAGAGAAUAUUAGUUAAGGAUAAUUAAAAGUAAUAGAGAAAUUAAGAAAUGCAGAUUAAGCAAUAAAGAAUGGAAAAUCUUCAGAGGUAGUUGACGGAAGUCUAAAAAAAUUGUAUAAGAUAAAAAUGUAUGUUAAAUGACUAUGUUAAAAAAUUAAUAAAAAUGUACAUAUGUAUUUUAAAAAAUUAUGGAGGAGAGGCCUAUCGAUGGUUACUAGCCAUGAAAGCUAUGCUCUGCCUCUGCCAGUGUUUUCCAAACUUGGGUCUCCAGCUGUUUUUGAACUACAGUUCCCAUCAUCCCUGACCAUCAGUCCUGCUAGCUAAGGAUGAUGGGAGUUGUAGUCCAAAUAAACACAGGGAAACCCAAGUUUGGGAAACACCAGCCUCCAAGGUUGGAGACACCAAUGCGUCUGAUGGCAAUUGCUGGAAACCACAGGAGGGGAAAGUGCUUGAAUCCUGCUUGCUGUCUGAGAACAGGGUGCUGGACUAGAUAAGCUACUGGCCUGAUUCAGAGGCUCUUUUAUGUCCUUAUGUAGAGCAGCUGAUCUACAAGGCAGGCUUAAGCAGUAUGUGGACCGAGAACUCCCAGCAGUGCAAACUGGAUUUCGAAGGGGCAGAGGAACCAGAGACCAAAUUGCAAACAUGCGCUGGAUUAUGGAGAAAGCUAGAGAGUUCCAGAAAGACAUCUACUUCUGCUUCAUUGACUAUGCAAAAGCCUUUGACUGUGUCGACCAUAGCAAACUAUGGCAAGUUCUUAAAGAAAUGGGAGUGCCUGAUCACCUUAUCUGUCUCCUGAGAAAUCUCCAUGUGGGACAAGAAGCUACAGUUAGAACUGGAUAUGGAACAACUGAUUGGUUCAAAAUUGGGAAUGGAGUACGACAAGGCUGUAUAUUGUCUCCCUGCUUAUUUAACUUAUAUGCAGAAUUCAUCAUGCGAAAGGCUGGGCUGGAUGAAUCCCAAGCCAGAAUUAAGAUUGCCGGAAGAAAUAUCAACAACCUCAGAUAUGCAGAUGACACAACAUUGAUGGCAGAAAGUGAGGAGGAAUUAAAGAACCUUUUAAUGAGGGUGAAAGAGGAGAGCGCAAAAUAUGGUCUGAAGCUCAACAUCAAAAAAACGAAGAUCAUGGCCACUGGUCCCAUCACCUCCUUGCAAAUAGAAGGGGAAGAAAUGGAGGCAGUGAGAGAUUUUACUUGCUUGGGCCCCAUGAUCACUGCAGAUGGUGACAGCAGUCACGAAAUUAAAAGACGCCUGCUCCUUGGGAGAAAAGCAAUGACAAACCUAGACAGCAUCUUAAAAAGCAGAGACAUCACCUUGCCAACAAAGGUCUGUAUAGUAAAAGCUAUGGUUUUCCCAGUAGUGAUGUAUGGUAAGUGAGAGCUGGACCAUAAAGAAGGCUGAUCGCCGAAGAAUUGAUGCUUUUGGAUUAUGUUGCUGGAGGACACUCUUGAGAGUCCCAUGGACUGCAAGAAGAUCAAACCUCUCCAUUCUUAAGGAAAUCAGCCCUGAGUGCUCACUGGAAGGACAGAUCCUGAAGCUGAGGCUCCAGUACUUUGGCCCCCUCAUGAGAAGAGAAGACUCCCUGGAAAAGACCCUGAUGUUGGCGAAGAUGGAGGGCACAAGGAGAAGGGGACGACAGAGGACGAGAUGAUUGGACAGUGUUCUCGAAGCUACCAGCAUGAGUUUGACCAAACUGCGGGAGGCAGUGGGAGACAGGAGUGCCUGGCGUGCUCUGGUCCAGGGGGACAUGAAGAGCCUGACACGACUAAACAACUAAACAACAACACCACCACUUUAAACAGCCCAGCUUCCUCCAAAGAAAGAAGGGAAGAGAAAGAAAGGUGCACAUGACCGGAAAAUUCCGCUGGUGUUUUAGUUCCCCCAUGCGCUCUCCAUUUCCUGUCCUCUCUAGGACUCUAUAGCUUAGGCCCUUUAACCCCUUUGGUGCCACAGCUGAGUUGUUGGUGGAGUUGCAUUGCCCUGGGCAGAGGGGAGCCGCAGGGGAACUUCCAACAUGGGUAGAACAUGUGCUUGGGACAGAUGAGGUGCCCAGCUUUUCAGAGCCUGCGUCAUGGCAGGCAGGAAUAUGAAGGCUCCGGUGGGCCCUCUGAGCAUAUGCAGAGUGCAUUCAUUGCCCUUGGGGAGGUGCCGCGCGGCUCAGUGUAAGAGCACGCGGUUUGCAUGCAGGAGGUCCAGAGUUCAAGCCCCAGCUUCUUCCAAUAUGUAAUUGCUGCAUUUGCAGGGGGUUGGACUAGAUGAUCCUGUGGACCCCUCCCCGCUCUGUGGGGAUUUGCACAGCUGAGUUCCUCUGAUGAAAAUGGGGACAUCCUACUCCAUACCCUCCAAUAUUGCUCUUGAUGAAAUGUGUGUUUUAUAAGAUCGUGAGGCUAAAGGUGUGUAUCUGGUUGGUUGGGUUUUUUUUUUUACAGGCACAUGAAGGGUUACAUUGUGAGUGUUUUGGUUCCUAGAGAGACUGAGAAGUUGGGGGUGAAGGGGAAAUAAAUUAGGGCUGCCCACUUCCUGUUCUGGAUGCUCCCCCCCCCCCAGCCCCUCUGCUGCAGGAUACAGCCAGACCAGAAAGAGGAGAGCCUCUGUGGGGCUGAAGCAGAUCCAGCGCAGUGGGGCAGGAUGUGCUGUGAGUUGCAUGUGGAGGGGGAAAGGGGAAAGUUUCUAAAUGUGCAAGUGGUGCAGAGCAGAUGCAAACCCUUGCCCUCUGCCACUUCCGUUCACUUUUGACCUAGAUCUCUGAUAAAACAGAUUUUCGUAUAUUUUCCUGUACAUGCGUUUCCCUGUACACCACCUCUGUCUACAACUACAGGCUCUCUUCCUCCUCCUCCUCCUCUUCUUCUUCUUGUUUUUCAGUAUUUUAGUAUUUUAUUUCUCCUUCAUAAAUGCUACCGUUUGCCAUUGCAUCUUUUUGGCGUUUUAGGAUGGGAAAGUCACUUUCGUGCAAUUGGGGUGGAGCGGGGGAGAGAGAGGAAAAAGUGAAGAGGCACUGGUUCGAUAGAGGAUUCUUGCAAAAGUGGGGAGGCUUUUAAGAAGAACGUCUCCCCCUUAAUACACAUCGAAGUUGUGCCAUAGAACAUCCUGAUACAGUAGAUCAAUAUUUUUAAUCAGCCACCAAGCAUUGCAAUUUGUGCACAAAGAAACAGACAUAUAUGAAGGCAGCUAAGCAGACAACGCUGCCCAAUUUAAAUUAAAAACCACACAAAAUCGAAAGCUCAUCGUUGUGACCCUUAUUUCUAACAGCAACUGCUAGAAAUUUUGCGGGUUUUGCUUAUCUUGGUCCACAACGAGGGAGAAAGUCACGCAAUAACCAACCGGACGUCCUAGUUUAGAUAAUAAUGGGGUGGUGGGUUAACACUUUACCCAAAACUCUGUUUUGGGGUUUGUUUGCUUUUUUACUUAAAAGUUAAAUUUGAGGUUGUUUGCUAAGGAGUGUCAGGGGUGUGAAACAGCAAAGGUGACUUCAGGUAGGAUUGUGAGCAAGCAUAAAAUUCUGGAAUUAACCAGGUGUGUAAGCAAAUGGAUUCAAAAAAAGAAUAGGUAUUCCCAAGAAUCACUUAUCUAAUAAUAACACUGGGAGUGUAAUUUCUUUUAUUUAUAUAAAGAUAUAUAUAUUCCUUUUUUUGUGCCAUAUGGUUAGAGGAGAGAACUUUGUUUAUUGCAUUUGUAUCUCACCUCUUCCUGCAAGGAGCUAAAGGUGUGGCCUACAUGGGUUCUCUUCCUCCUCAUUUAAUUCUCAUUUAACCCUGCCAGGUAGGCUGAGAAGCAAUGAAUGGCCCAAGGUCACUUAGUGGGUUUCAUGGCUGUGGGGUAAUUUUAACUCUGGUCGCCCAGGUCCGAGUCUGAUACUCAAACCACUAACAGCUCGCAUCAUCCCUGACCUCUGGAGGGCUGCAUAGGUCAGUCACGCCGAGUUGGAGUGCUGGACUAGGAAGAGGGAGAUACGAGUUCAAGUCUCCACAUGGCUGUAAAGCUCAUUGAGCAACCUUUAGCCUCUCACGUUCUCUCUCAGCCUAAAGACUACUUAACUGGGUUGUUGAGAGAAUAAAAUGACAAAGGAGACAAGCAUUGGUCCAUCUACGGACUAUGUUGUUCCAUUGGUCCAUUUAGCUCAGAACUGAAAUGUUCUUCCCAUGAUGUUGCGUCAGCUGCUAGAUCCGGACAGCAGGCCCAGUUUAGCAAAGCGCUUUUAACUGGUACCCUUGCACAAGGGCCUGAGGCUUUUCAAAGCUUGCCAAUUAUAUUUGCCGUUGUGCAUGUAGAAAAAGAAAAGGUUCAGUCUAGCUGCACAAGCUCUGAUCAUGAAGAAAGUGACUGGAGGAAAGGGAAAAGUUGAAUGAGCACACCUGGAAAAAAGGCAAGGCCUUCUUGGUAGUGGCACCUACCCUGUGGAACACCCCCUCCCCAUCAGAUGUCAAGGAAAUAAACAGCUAUCUGACUUUCAGAAGACAUCUGAAGGCAACACUGUUUAGGGAAGUUUUUAAUGUUUGAUGUUUUUCGCUUUUUUAUUAUUAUUAUUAUUCUGUUGGGAGCCGCCCAGAGUGGCUGGGGAAAUCCAGCCAGAUGGGUGGGGUAUAAAUAAAUUAUUAUUAUUAUUAUUAUUAUUAUUAUUAUUAUUAUUAUUAGCAUGGAAACCCAGCUUAUCCCGAGCUCUGCAUGGAGAUGCAAAAGAUUGAACCCAGGAUAGUGCAAGGCAGAUGCUCAGCCUGAAGGCUUAAAAUACAGUUUCUCUUUCAGAACGACUCAACAGUCAAAACAGCUUGGUUUGGCUUAUUUAUUCCACUUUUUGUCUUCUUCAUUCAGAGAAAAGAAGUUUCUUUCUUGCUGUCCGGAAAUUUUGCUGAAUCCAGCAUAAAGUCACCAUUUGACCGGAGUGACUUGCAGCACCAUUGA